UAAUUCUUAUCUGCGGAUCACCGGAUACUGUACGAGAAAUUCUCUUAGCUGCAGAAGAGAUUAACAUGGUCCAAAACGGAGAAUACGUCUUUUUCAGCAUUGAACUAUUUACAAGUAAAAGUGAAAGCCAGAAACCCUGGCAUCGAGAAGAAGAUACCCCUGAGAAAAACCAACGUGCUCGAAAGGCAUUCGAAUCCCUUUUAACCGUGACGGCGCCAAUUCCAGAAACUCCCGAAUAUGCUGAGUUUUCUAGAGAAGUUAAAAAUAUUGCCUGGAAGGAAUUUGGAUUCGACUAUGGAACGGAAGAGGUGAACACCUUUGUAACGGCUGUCCAUGAAGCUGUUCUUUUGUACGUUUUGGCGGUGAACGAAACGCUAAGCGAAGGAUUUGACAUUACAGAUGGACAAGUCAUCACAGAAAAAAUGUGGAACAGAACGUUCGAAGGAAUAACUGGUAACGUCAGCAUCAACAGUAAUGGAGACAGAAAUGCCGACUAUGCCCUAAUGGACAUGAAUCCCAAAACAGGCAUCUUUGAGCUAGUCGCAAUGUAUUAUGGCGCCAGUAAGCAGUUUAUCGACAUCGAAGGAAAGAGAAUUCACUGGGCGGGUGAUCGCCAGGGGCCGCCACCUGACACGCCUCCGUGUGGGUUUGACGGCUCAGAAUGUCCAGAAACACCUCAAUAUGCCAUUGUUACUGCAAUAUUGGCUGCUCUAUUGAUUGUACUCUCCAUAAUUUCCAUCUUGGUAUAUAGACACUACAAGUUUGAGGCUGAGAUUGCUUCGAUGAGCUGGCGAAUCAAGCCUGAAGAACUCACGAUGAACAUGUCCUACAAACGCCAUUUUGAUUCCAAACUAAGUUUUACAAGACUUAGCGGUUCCAAUUCCUUUUCUUGCGGAACGUUAACUUUAGCAGAUCCAAGUCGACAGAUUUUCACUAAAACGGCGUAUUAUAAGUCCACCUUGGUUGCAAUUAAACCACUGAACAAGACAAAAAUUGAGAUUAGCAGACCGUUUUUAUUGGAAAUCAGAAUGAUUAAAAGCCUGCAACACGACCAUAUUGCAAGAUUCAUCGGCGCAUGCGUUGAUUCUCCUACGUGCUUUCUGAUUACCGAGUAUUGUCCAAAGGGAAGUUUGCAGGAUAUACUGGAAAAUGACCAGAUACAGUUGGAUUGGACGUUUCGUUACUCUCUAAUGCAUGACCUAAUAAAGGGUAUGGCCUAUUUACACAGCAGCGAGGUCCGUUUCCAUGGAAACCUGAUGUCAUCCAAUUGUGUGGUUGACAGUAGGUUUGUAUUGAAAAUCACGGACUUUGGUUUCCACAGUCUAAGGGUUUCUGAUGAGAAUGUUGAUUCCUAUGAUUACUGGAGAAGGAAAUUAUGGACCGCGCCCGAACUCCUGCGCAUGCCCAACCAAUCAGCUGGAGGAACACAGAAAGGUGAUGUGUAUGCCUUUGCCAUCACAGCACAUGAGAUUGUAGUUCGUCAAGGGUCAUUUUUUCUUGGGCUCUCAGACGCUAGUCCGAAAGAAAUUGUAGAAAACGUGAAGAACGGACAAAAUCCUCCAUUUCGACCUUUUUUAGAUGAAGAAAGAUGUGAUGAAAAAGUAGUUGAGAUGAUCAGAAGAUGCUGGUCAGAAGAUCCCUCAGAACGACCUGAAUUUCAAGCUUUGAAGUCGGUCAUUCGGAAGUUAAAUAAAGACAAUGAUAGUGGAAAUAUUCUGGACAACUUGUUGUCAAGAAUGGAACAGUACGCCAACAACCUGGAGACACUAGUUGAAGAAAGAACAGCAGAUUAUCUAGAAGAAAAACGUAAAGCUGAAGACCUACUCUACCAGCUUUUACCUCGGUCUGUCGCCAGUCAACUUAUUCGAGGAGAAUCUGUAACCGCAGAAGCUUUCGACAGCGUCACCAUCUAUUUUAGUGAUAUUGUUGGCUUUACAGCUCUUUCUGCUGAAAGCACUCCCAUGCAGAUUGUAGACCUAUUGAACGAUUUGUACACCUGUUUUGACUCCAUCAUCGAGAACUUCGACGUUUACAAGGUAGAAACAAUAGGUGACGCCUACAUGGUUGUAUCAGGGUUACCUGUUCGUAACGGCAACUUCCAUGCUCGAGAAAUAGCUCGGAUGUCGUUAGCUUUGCUAAGUGCUGUUAUGUCGUUCAGUAUACGUCACAGGACGAACGAACAGCUCAAGCUUCGAAUAGGAAUUCACACAGGUCCUUGUGCUGCAGGAGUGGUAGGACUAAAGAUGCCCAGAUACUGCCUCUUUGGCGACACAGUGAAUACCGCUUCGAGAAUGGAAUCCACUGGCCUACCUUUAAAGAUCCACGUAAGUCCUCAAACGAAAGAAGUAUUGGACUGUUUCGGAACGUUUCGUUUGGACCUUCGUGGAGAAGUGGAAAUGAAGGGAAAAGGAAAAGUUACUACUUACUGUCUUCUAGGAGAAGAAAAUGCCACCCUUCUUCCUGAACAAACAGCAGUGUCAGAUAACAAACGCUGUUCAAAGACUUAAGUGUUUGGUUCUCUACGAAUUAUGACUAAGUCUAACCCUCCUUAUACAGGGUUAAAGCCAAAUAUAUUAAUUUCACAGUAUAGACACUGGAUUAGUUUAAGACCUAAACCAGUAAUUUAUUGUUAACACUGUGUUUUUGUAACUUUGUUAAUAGGGUAUCUUGAAAGGAAACUUAAUGCUCUAUUUAUUGAAUCUUUGUUUCAUACGUAAUGUCGGAUAAAAAAAAUAAUAAGUGCUGUAUUGUGACAUUACGGUGAAUACUGAAAGAAAGUGUACAUAUUAUGUAUUCACGUUCAACAGUCACGUGAAUUAUAACACAUAUUGAGUAUUAAGGUUGUGAGGAAGAAAAAAUAAUACUUAACAUACCAUAUAAUAAAGGAAUAAACAAAUAUAUACAUAUGAUUGCAACACUUUUUAGUAAUUGAUAAAUACUUAUGUUUGCCACGCUUGUUAAUGGUUGGUAUAUACUGCACUUAAAUUUGCAACGCUUAUUCGUAGUUGUAACGUACAUAUGUUCGCAAUGCUUGUUUAUAGUUAUUAUGCGCAUCUGUUUGCAACACUUGUUUGUAGGUAUAAUGUACGCAUGUUUGUAUGCUUGUUUGUAGAUGUAAUGUAGAUUUGUUUGCAACGCUUCUUUAUAAUUGUAAUGUACAUAUGCUUGCAACGCUUGUUUAUAAUUGUAAUGUACCUAUGCUUGCAACGCUUUUUGAUUAUCGUUCGCUAUUUCUGUAGACUUACAGAUGGGGUAAUAGAAACAAAGUAUCUUUAAAUCUUUUGCUGAAGCAAGAAUUUUAAUAACCCUAGUAUUUAUAAUUAUUAUUAUGUCGCUCAAUUAA